AUGGAACGACCAGAAUCCUGCAAAGACUUUUUUGAAUUCAUACAGGACCGUAACUCCGCAGGAAACCCAUUGUCAGAAGAUGAAGUGAGACGAUACUUCACUAAGAUCUUGGAAGCUAACAUCAAAUGCGAAGAAAAAGGUGUUGUACACCGCGACCUCAAGCCUGAAAAUAUCUUGCUGGAUUUGACAAAUGAUGAGGUGAAGUUGAUUGACUUUGGGUUGGCAUCUGAGAUACAAGAAGAGCCUUUUGAAAGCUUUAGAGGUACGAAUCAAUAUAUGCCCCCUGAAUUCAUGAAAACAAGUAAAUAUGACGGUUGCGAGGCAACUGUAUGGGCGAUGGGAAUCCUCUUGGUCGAUAUGUUGUCACCCGUUAUUUCUGCAUUUGAAAAACCACAACACUGCCUAAGCAUGGAGCCCAGAAUACCUCAACACUUUUCAUCAGAGGUCAAGAAUGUUGUAUACAUGUUGUUGAAUCCCGAAGCAGAUCAGCGACCAACUCUUAAACAAGUUCUGCAGCAUCCAUGGUUCUCAAUGGAAGUCUAAACUCCUCUCUGUAUUAAGGACCUUGUUUCUUGAUUUCAAAAUGUCUUUCGAAUUUUGUUUUAU